AUGAAUCUCACAGAGACACAAUCAACCAAAGGGUUCAAUGACAAUGGUGAUGUCGUUGAUACAACCAAAAACACCUCACACGUGCCACUUUGGCAAUCGAUCAAGAAAUCCCCCAGAAUCGUGGGUUAUUGCCUCGCGCUAAGUUCGGCAAUUCUUCUCUACGGAUAUGACCUAGUCAUCGUGGCGACUGUGGCCGCAAUGCCUCAGUUCCAAGUUGUUUUCGGCCAGGAAUACCACGGAAAGUACAUCAUCCCAACAAUGUGGCUCUCCCUUUGGAACGUCUCCAGUUGCAUCGGCAUUAUGUUUGGCUCUGUCGUCGGUGGUUACUAUCAAGAUCGCCGUGGACGUCGGAUUACACUCGCUAUAGGAAGUUUUUUAUCCACCAUUGCGGUCGCGAUAUGCUACAUUUCCGAUCUGCCAGACGGAAUGGAGACUCGUCGAGGAGUGUUUUUUGCUGGUAAACUCUUUCAGGGGAUUUGUAUUGGCAUUCUUUUGUGUGUUACGCAGACAUACAUGUCUGAGGUCCUUCCUGUUGCGCUCCGAGGUCCGGUGAUUGCGUUCUAUCCGAUCUUCACACUUCUUGGACAACUCGUUGGAUCGAUCGUGGUUUACACUUCGCUAAAACAUACAGGCGCAGAAUCAUAUCGCAUUUGCUUUGCGUCACAAUGGCCUUUCUCCGCUAUCCCGUUCGUUCUAGCGGCAUUUUUGCCGGAGAGUCCAACCUGGCUUUUAAGGAAAGGACGAAUGGACCACGCUCUCAAGGAACAGAAAAGACUCGAUACAUCUCACAUCAACUCACAAGCUGUGAUCGACGAGUUGCAGGCAUCAAUUGCAGCAGAGGACGAGGAGAGUGCAACCCAUACAUAUGCUGAUUGUUUCAAAGGUGUCAACAUGCGACGAACUUUGAUUGUCGCAUUUGCCAACAUUAUACCUCAGAUGUUCGGACUGCAGCUGCUGGCAAAUUCCUCCUACUUUAUGCAGAUCGUGGGUAUGGGUUCAGCUAAUAGCUUGAUUUUUUUGAUCUUGGGCAUUGGACUGGGCCUGAUUGCGAAUGUUAUCAGCUUGUGGGCGCUGAAUGCUUUUGGAAGAAGAUUUCUCAUUCUACUUACUUUGAAUAUUGUGAUGGUAAUGUGGUUCGCGGUAGGGAUUGCAGGGAUCUUCACGGGAAUCGUGACCAUUUGGUACACCGCGGUUAGCAUGAUGAUUAUUGUGAUGAUCUCUGGUCUUGGGUCGUGGCCUGCGUCUCAUGUGGUUGCAGCCGAAGCGUCUUCACUGCAACUCCGAGCCAAGACCCAAGGUAUUGGGUGGUUUACCAGCGGUUUUGGGACUGCAGUCUUUGCCAUCAUCUUGCCGUAUAUCUACAAUGCAGACCAGGGAAAUCUGAGGGCGAAGACAGGGUUCGUGAUGGCAGGAUUUGCUGCAGUGGCAGUCAUUGUAGUGUGGCUAGGUAUCCCAGAGAUGAAAGGUCGAACGGCAAUGGAGAUCGAUCGCAUGUUCUCGUUGAAAUUGCGGACUCGGGAAUUCAAAGGCUGGCAUAGCGACGUGGCUGUCAUGAGUGAAACAGAAGACCUUCAUCCGACCGUGAAAGGAUGA